UAUGUGAUUAUCCACUGGGUAUGGAGAAUGGAGACAUUCCAGACAGUAGUAUAAGCUACUCAACAACAAGCCUUACCUCUGGAGAGGGGUCUGGAAGAUUCAAUGGAAGAGACUGGGAGCCAACUGCUGACGAUGGUGACCAGUACAUUGAGGUGGAAUUUUCUGGACCUACAGUGAUCACUUCCUUUGAUUUUCAGAGGUCACCUGAUGGCCCUUACAUAACAGAAUUCAGAAUAGAGUACAUUACAGAGGAGGGUGGUAACUACGUUGAUGAUGACACUGUUUUCAGUAUCCUGUAUGAAGCCAAUAGAACCACCACUCGAGUUCCAAUUGUCCAAAUCACAGUUGUGGUCAUCAAACUCGUCCCAUUAUCCUGGGAAGGUCGCAUCAGUGUUCGUUUGGAAAUGUAUGGCUGCCCCUAUGAACCAACAACUUCAGCUGCCACGACUACCACUGCUAGAACAACAACUGUGACAACACCAGUGGUGACAAUUUCAACUGCACCAGUUUGUAUGUAUGAGCUUGAUGAGCUGGAUGAAGAAACAGGAGGUUCUUACAAUUUUAGAUUUAGUGAUGUAAAGACCGUCAAUGCUAUAACAAUCACACGAAACGCCUCCCAACCAGCAGGUACGGUUGCAUAUGUUGUCGUCAAGUUACUUGAAAAUGGUAACGAAGAACCUGUGUUGAAUGAAGAGGGAGCAACAAAGCUCUUUUUGGCAGACUUGAUUUCUUCAAACUCUGACACCACUGAAGAUCUCGGUAUUACUGAUGUCGUUGGAAUUAGACUUGAUAGUAUGGAUGCAAAUUACACUGUCUCCAUAUAUGGAUGCCCACUUU